UGUGUGUGUGUGUGUGUGUGUGUGUGUGUGUGUGGGGAUGUGUGUGUGUAGUUGGUGAACAGCAGCCCUGCUGUGGUUUAGCUGACGUCACCUUCACUUCCUCUCUAUCUCCUCCUCCUCUUCUCUUAUCUCUCUUCUGUCUUCUCCUCCUCGGGACCACGAGUCACCAACCUGUCCAGGACUACCUGACAUGAUUAACUGCCCAAAACAACAAGAGGCUGGACAGGUGAAGAAAGGACGAGAGACGAAACCUGAGCAAUAGAGAGAGACCGAAAGGAGAGGAGAAGAGAGGUUACAGACUCACAGACGUGACACAACCAUGAUCCUUUCCAAUCACUCUAUUCAUUCAUUUUUCUGCUGCUGCUGUUCUGUAGAAUCCAGAGAGAUCAGCACCCAUGUGAGCCUGGAUAGUGGAUCUGGAUCUCUGUGUUUUCACACUAGGAGGCACCCGGGACAUGCUAACAGGACGGAUCGGUCCAGGAGGAAGCUGCCUCCCCCUCCUCCAGAUAACGACGACGGAGACAUACUAGUGGUAGCCAUGUAUGACUUCACAGCGAAAGAGGACUCGGACCUGACUUUGACUCAGGGAGACGAGUACACCAUCCUACACAAACAGGACCAGCUGUGGUGGAGGGCACAGGACAAACAUGGAAAUAAGGGAUUUAUCCCCAGCAACUAUGUUACAGAAAAGGACAGGAUUGAGGCCAACCAGUGGUACUGUCAGAGCAUCACCAGAUCAGAGGCUGAACAGCUGCUAAAGAGGGAGGGUUUGUUUGUUUGUGAGGGUGAGUCUGUCAUACGGUAAUCAACAAAGCACUGUUACACUGUUUAAGUGUUCACUAAAGCUCUGGGUAUAAACGGUGGUAUCAGACACUACCAGAUAAAGCUCAAUGAUUCUGGAAGCUUCUAUCUUUGUGAGAAGCACAUCUUCACCUCGAUACCUGAACUCAUAGAGUACCACAACCACAACGCUGCAGGUCUGGUGACCAGGUUAAGGUAUGCAGUAGGACCCAUGGGCAGGUGUGUCCCUGCUACACCAGGCUUCAGCUCAGAGAAAUGGGAGAUUGACCCUAGUGAGUUGACUGUAAUGAAGGAGCUGGGUUGUGGUCAGUUUGGGUUGGUGAGGCUGGGGAAAUGGAGAGCUCUGUGUAAGGUGGCCAUUAAAACAAUCAAUGAAGGAGCCAUGCACGAAGAAGACUUCAUAGAGGAGGCUAAGAUUAUGAUGAGGUUAUGCCACCCGAAGCUGGUACAGUUGUAUGGUGUAUGUACGCGGCAGCAUCCCAUGUGUAUAGUGACUGAGUUUAUGGAGAACGGCUGCCUGCUGAACUACCUGAGACAGAAUGGAGGGACCAUGGGACAACCAUGGCUCCUGUCUGUCUGUCAAGACACAUGUGAGGCCAUGCAAUACCUGGAGACACACAACUUCAUACACAGAGACCUGGCAGCACGGAACUGUCUGGUCAGCGACAAGAACGUGGUGAAGGUUUGUGACUUUGGAAUGACCAGAUACGUACUAGACAACCAGUACACCAGCUCUACAGGCUCUAAGUUCCCAGUCAAGUGGUCUCCUCCUGAGGUGUUGCACUAUAACAAGUACAGCAGCAAGUCUGACGUCUGGUCCUUCGGUGUGUUGAUGUGGGAGGUGUUUACUGAGGGGAAGACACCGUUUGAUGGGCGGUCUAAUGUCGACGUAGUGGAUGAGAUUACCAGGGGCCGCCGUCUCUACCGGCCUCACAAAGCUUCCAACGAUGUCUACCAACUCAUGUACCAGUGCUGGCACGAGAGACCACAGGGCCGCCCUUCUUUCUCUGAGCUGUUGAAGAGGAUCAGACUACUGGCUGAAUUGGCUGACUAGACACACACACACAGAGAGACACACACACACACACACAGAGAGAGACACACACACACACACACACAGAGAGAGAGACACACACACACACACAGAGAGACACACACACACAGAGAGACACACACACAGAGAGAGACACACACACACACACACACACACACACACACACAGAGAGACACACACACACAGAGACACACACACACAGAGAGAGACACACACACACACACACACACACACACAGAGAGAGACACACACACACACACACACACACACACAGAGAGACACACACACACAGAGAGACACACACACACACACACACACACACACAGAGAGACACACACACACAGAGAGACACACACACACACACACACACACAGAGAGACACACACACACACAGAGAGACACACACACAGAGACACACACACACACACAGAGAGACACACACACACACACACAGAGAGAGACACACACACACACACACACAGAGACACACACACACACACACACACAGAGAGACACACACACACACACACACACACACAGAGACACACACACACACACACACACACACACACACACAGACACACACACACACACAGAGAGACACACACACACACACACACACACACACACACA